GCGUGCAGUUUGGCGUCACUCGGUCGCGCCCAGGUUCUCCUCGGCGGUGGCCCUCGGUCCCGGCCGCGGUGGGGCUGGAGGUCGUCCUGGGUAGGUUUAUCUCAACGCUUCCAUGGAGAAGGCGGCUAGCACGGCAGCAGCCCCGGAUGCUCGCACUUACCCCUGGACGGCGACGGAGGCGGUGGCCGCGCGAGCGCUGGAGGGAGCGGCCUGUGUGGGGGUGUGAGCCAAGGUUCCGAGGGUCGGAUUGCCGAGGGGAAGUCGCGCGGCCCGCGUGCCGUCUGGGGUGAAGUCGCUGCUCCUUCUUUUGAGGCACGCGCGAAGGGGCUGACUUGCGGGACAGCCUGCCGAUCUCGGGUCGGGGGACAGCCCCUCCGGGGCGACUUUCUUUUACGCGUGUUCUGAGAUGGACGCGGCUCUCCUAGUAAACCGCAGUGAGGAAAUCCGCCGCGCAUCGGAUUGCCAUUCAAUCCCACGGAAAUCCGGCUCGUUGGCCUUGUCGGUGGCGCGUGUGCAAUAAGUUCUUUCGAUUAGUUUUGUCUUGGCUGGAACAGUAAAGUUAAAAACUUUAAAUGGAAAUAAAGGGUAGUAUUUACAAGAAAAUGAGAAUGAAUAAAUCAUCCCUGGUUUUCAAAAGAGAGACCAUAUUAAACUUACAUAUGUGAAGAUUGCAUCCCCCUGCCUUCAGUGCCAGCAGUUUCUCUGUUCUGUAAUCAAUGUGAUUCACAGGAGCUUCUUAAGUGACAAACGAAAUGAGCCCAGGGCGUGGAAAAUAUGAUUUCUAUAUUGGUUUGGGAUUGGCUAUGACCUCCAGCAUUUUCAUAGGAGGGAGUUUCAUUUUGAAAAAAAAAGGCCUUCUGCGACUUGCCAGAAAAGGAUCCAUGAGAGCAGGUCAAGGUGGCCAUGCAUAUCUUAAAGAAUGGUUGUGGUGGGCUGGACUACUGUCAAUGGGGGCAGGCGAGGUGGCCAACUUCGCUGCAUAUGCCUUUGCACCAGCCACGCUAGUGACUCCACUGGGAGCUCUCAGCGUCCUCGUAAGUGCCAUUCUUUCUUCAUACUUUCUAAAUGAAAGACUUAAUCUUCAUGGGAAAAUUGGAUGUUUGCUAAGCAUUCUAGGAUCUACAGUUAUGGUCAUCCAUGCUCCAAAGGAAGAGGAGAUUGAGACGUUAAAUGAAAUGUCACACAAGUUAGGUGAUCCAGGUUUUGUGGUAUUUGCAACAAUUGUGGUCAUUGUGUCCUUGAUAUUAAUCUUUGUGGUGGGACCUCGCCACGGACAGACAAAUAUUCUUGUGUACAUAACAAUCUGCUCUGUGAUUGGAGCGUUUUCAGUGUCCUGUGCAAAGGGCUUGGGCAUCACCAUCAAAGAACUGUUAGCUGGAAAGCCUGUGCUGCGGCAUCCCCUGGCCUGGAUUCUGCUGCUGAGCCUCGUCAUCUGUGUGAGCACACAGAUCAAUUACCUAAACCGGGCCCUGGACAUAUUCAACACUUCCCUUGUAACACCAAUAUAUUACGUUUUCUUUACAACCUCAGUUUUAACUUGUUCAGCUAUUCUUUUUAAGGAGUGGCAAGAUAUGCCUGCUGAUGAUAUCAUUGGGACUCUGAGUGGCUUCUUCACAAUCAUUGUGGGGAUAUUCUUGUUGCAUGCCUUUAAAGAUGUCAGCUUUAGUCUAGCAAGUCUGCCUGUGUCUUUUCGAAAAGAUGAUAAAGCAAUGAAUGGCAAUCUCCCUACUAUGUAUGAAGUUCUUAAUAAUAAUGAAGAAAGCUUAACCUGUGGAAUUGAACAACACACUGGUGAGAAUAUCUCACGGAGAAAUGGAAAUCUGACAGGUUUUUAAGAUUCGAUUUAAAGGUUAAUCCAUAAUUAUGUUAUAGUGAUUUUGAAUAUCAGAAUCUGUCUGAAAAAGCAUUGUCCUCAAAUAAUGUUCUCUAAAGACAAUCUUUUUUAAGUUUUCACUAAUUUGGACCAAGAAGUUACUUUUCUUAUAUUUAAACAAGGUAGCUUACUAAAAAUGGCCUCAGUGUGUGGCCAAUUUCUAUUAACAUGGUAUAAUUGUAGAGGUAUUUUACAUUUUGAUUCUUUCUUCAAAAUUUAAAUGCACUAAUGACAAGUUUUAAGUCUAUAAAAAUGCUUUAUUUUUUCAUUAUUGAUGAAAGUCUGAAAUGUACAUUUGUCAUUCCCACUCCCAUCAAUCCCUGAUCAUGUAAGGCUUUUUGAUU